GGGCCCAGCGCCGCUGUCGCGCCAGCUCCCUGGGCCCGGCCCGCCCCGGUGCUCGCGCUCUCGGGGCGGAUUCCUGGCCCUCCGCGCUCUCCCGCCCGGCGAUGGCCCCGCUCGGAUACUUCUUAUUCCUCUGCAGCCUGAAGCAGGCGCUGGGCAGCUACCCGAUCUGGUGGUCCCUGGCUGUUGGGCCCCAGUACUCCUCGCUGGGCACACAGCCCAUCCUGUGUGCCAGCAUUCCAGGCCUGGUACCCAAGCAGCUGCGCUUCUGCCGGAACUAUGUGGAGAUCAUGCCCAGUGUGGCUGAGGGCAUCAAGAUGGGCAUCCAGGAGUGCCAGCACCAGUUCCGAGGACGCCGCUGGAAUUGCACCAUCGUCAACAAUAGCCUGGCCAUCUUUGGGCCUGUGCUGGACAAAGCCACCCGGGAGUCAGCCUUCGUCCACGCCAUUGCCUCAGCUGGAGUGGCCUUUGCGGUGACACGCUCGUGCUCAGAGGGUGUGGCUGCCAUCUGUGGCUGUAGCAGCCGCCAUCAGGGCUCACCAGGCGAGGGCUGGAAGUGGGGUGGCUGCAGUGAGGACAUCGAGUUUGGUGGUAUGGUGUCUAGGGAGUUUGCAGACGCCAGGGAGAACCGGCCAGAUGCCCGCUCGGCCAUGAACCGCCACAACAACGAGGCUGGACGCCAGGCCAUCGCCAGCCACAUGCACCUCAAGUGCAAGUGCCAUGGGCUGUCAGGCAGCUGCGAGGUGAAGACCUGCUGGUGGUCGCAGCCCGACUUCCGAGCCAUCGGCGACUUUCUCAAGGACAAAUACGACAGCGCCUCAGAGAUGGUGGUGGAGAAGCACCGCGAGUCCCGCGGAUGGGUGGAGACGCUGCGGCCGCGCUAUACCUACUUUAAGGUGCCCACGGAGCGCGACCUGGUCUACUACGAGGCCUCGCCCAACUUCUGCGAGCCCAACCCGGAGACAGGAUCCUUCGGCACACGCGACCGCACCUGCAACGUGAGCUCGCACGGCAUCGACGGCUGCGACCUUCUGUGCUGCGGCCGAGGUCACAACGCGCGCACAGAGCAGCGCCGGGAGAAAUGCCGCUGCGUGUUCCACUGGUGCUGCUACGUCAGCUGCCAGGAGUGCACGCGCGUCUACGACGUGCACACCUGCAAGUAGUCGGCCGGGCGGAGCUCUGCCGCGUGGGGCGGGCCCUGCCUGGGUGGGCUCCUGCCUGGACCCGGCUGGGUUUCUCCCUAGGUAGGGCGUGGCUCCUUCCUGGAAGGAAUGAGACGGGGCUCCUCCUGGGAUGUGCUGGGGCUCCUCCCAGGGGCCAGGACUCCUACUUGGAGGCCGGGUAUUCUCCCUGGGAACCAUGCUCCUCCGUGGAUGGGGCGGGCCCUGCCUUGGAGGGGGGUGGGCUCCUACUUGGAGGCAGGGUCUCCUCCCAGAGUGUGGGGUUGUGGAUGGUACAAGGCUUUGGGGUGAGCUCCUCCCAAGGGAUGGAGCUACCCUUGACGGAGACGGGGUUGCGGCUUCUGCCUGGAAAGAGAGAAGCUUCCCCGGAUGGACGACUGGCGGUGAAGCCCUUCCAAAGGGGAUGGGGUUCUAGUGGGGGUGGGGCUCUGGGAAGGCUACUUUCUGAGGGUGGAACUCCUCCCUGUGGGCGGGGCUCUUCUCUGGAGAUGGGACUCUCGAAAGGGGCAGCCCUCCUGAACAGGGCAUGGCUCCUGCAGGAACCUGGGCUCCAGAGCAGAGGAUUCAGUCCUCUAGCCCUCUCUUCCCAGGCUCCCCAUAAGAUCCCAUCGGCUCCCUCUUGUCUGCAUAGAGCCGCGGAGACCCCUCCGUCAUCAGGUCCCCUAACCCCUUCUCCACGCCUCUGGAAUCUUGGGCCCCCUCUCUCCAAACCCCUGGCUCUGAGAUGAUUCAGAGGGUGGAGGCUUGUACCAGCCCUCCCUCAGCCUGGGCUUUGCCCACCUUCCAAACCAAGAAGUCUACUGAGGAAAGCCUGCAGCACCCUCCAGCCUCCAACCAGCUCCAAGAACAAAGCUCUGUCCUGAAGAAGUGGAAAGGAGCUUCUCCUAGGGAGAGAAUCCUGGGCCCAUGACUCUGAGACCUGCCUCUGCCCCUCUAUCCGCACCUGGGUCAUCUUGCUGGGAGCAUAUUCCUGCUGUUCCCCAGGCCCAAGUUGCCUGGCCUCCCCUCCUCCCUAUCCUGGGGUCUCCCCACCUGCACCCCAUCCCAGCUAUAGGAGAGAGAGAACUCCUGUCCAGCCCUUCCCCAGCCUCCCCCUGUCCACAGCCCAUAGUAAGGGAAAGGCAGGAAGAGAAGCCAGCUCCCAAGGCUGCCCAGAGCUGCUGGCUUCAUUUGGGGGUUAUGUGGGAAGUCUGGGGUACAUCACCCAGACACAACUGUGCUGCCAAUGGAGAACCUACAGCCUUGAGGCAAGGUGGUCUCCUUUCCAGUCCUAUGGCCAAGACUGACUCCCCAUGUCCUCCUGCUGGGGUGAUGGUCACCAAACUGACAUCAUGCAGCCACUAUCCUGGAGCCUCUGGCUGGUCACUGGACCUUCCCAGCAUGAGAAUAAGAGUCCACUGGACCCACCCUGCUGAUAUCCACGGCUACCCCAUGGAACACUCCCCUCAGCCUCUGCCACUGUGAACCGUCUCUCACCCUAGAGGCAAUGAGAGGAGACAUGGCUGGGUGGGUGGGCCACCCCAAGAGCCUGGAAGAGGGGACACCACUGUCCUCUGCCUUGAAUUCUGCAUUAUUUUGGUUUUAAUUUUAUUUCUGAUGCUGCUAUAUCCACCAUACACUGGAGUUAGAUGAACAGAUGUGGUUUUUUUUUCCUCUUCUUUCUAUGAAAGAAAUUAUUUUAGUCAUAGCUUGUGAGUUUCAAAUAAUGGAGAAAGUAUAA